AUGUUUCGUGGGCGAUCGACCGACCAGGAAAAGGAAAAGGAGAAGGAGAAGGACCGUCCCCAGAAGAAGACCAUGCCUAGGCCUGGUGGUGGCCGGGUUUCGCGGUCGACGGCGCCAGUCAGUCGAGCUCAACGAGCGAGGAGCGCUUCUACCCCGCGUACCCCUACUUCAGUGACAGGAUCAUCGGGCCAAUCCGCUAGGCCAUCUUCACCAACAUCCUCCUUUUUCCCGCCACCUGUUCCCCGUUUACUGGCAUCACCUUCACCUUCGAAUUGGAGCGUCCUAUUGGCGCCACCACGGCCCUCGCAACCCGCUUCCGAAUACCCUGGGAGUGUUUCAGGAGAAUUUACGCGCUAUCUUAGUGGUACUAGGUCGAUCGUAUCCUCAGGCUCGUCACAAGUUGCUGCUUCAGGGACUCUCGUAGAUCAGGAUAAAAAGGUUUCGGGAAUGAGGCGAAAGAUGGAACGGCUGAAUGCGACAGCUGAAGAGUCGACUUACAGUGUCACUCAGUACAAAGAGCCUUUCGUUCCGCAGGCCGUCAAUCCUCAAUUCCCAGUACUUUAUGCGCCUCCCCAACAUCUCGUAGAUGUUUUUGCAGACUUCAACGUUGACAUUGCCCAAUUUUGUACCGGUGUUGCCGAAUGGACUCUAAAGAACUGGCCAUUCGAGGAUGAUAUCGAAGUGCCGUCCACUGGGGAUGUCAGUAAUUUAACACUCUUGAAGAAUGCUUUUCCCGAGGGGAAUGCCGUCCCGUCGAUGAUUCUGUCUAAAAGGAAUUCUCCUCGGCCUUUGGAGGAUGUGAUUGAUUAUGGACUACGUUCCAUUAUCUCGAGGGCUCUCUAUGAUGAGAUCUUGGAGCCUUUUCAUCCGUCCCUUUCUUUAAGAGUCGGAGGGGAAGAAGGAACGAAACGCUCGCAAUAUUUGAAGAGCAUCUACUAUUCGAUCCUUUACGAUGGCGAGUUCUAUCUGUUUCCUUUCUUACGAUGA